GUCACUCUGUGUGGCGGACUGACUGACUGAGGGAUAUAUGUGCUUUUGCAAAGGAAACCAACUUCUCCAUGGGGUAACCAUACCAAGCAUGUGAUUUUGGCGAGUGGGAAACAUGUUUUGCAUCGAGAGGCAAAGAUCGUACCCAUACCAUUGAUAUUGUGAGGACAUGUGGCAGUAGAGACCAGUGAGCCUUGAGGAGAGACUAUGGGGGACUGGAACCUGCUUGGCAGCAUCUUGGAGGAAGUACAUGUUCACUCCACCAUCGUAGGAAAGAUCUGGCUCACCAUCCUCUUUAUCUUCCGCAUGCUGGUGCUGGGAGUGGCGGCCGAGGACGUGUGGGACGAUGAGCAGAGCGAGUUCAUCUGCAACACGGAUCAGCCGGGCUGCAAGACCGUCUGUUACGACCAGGCCUUCCCCAUCUCCCUCAUCCGCUUCUGGGUCCUGCAGGUCAUCUUCGUGUCCUCGCCCUCCCUCGUCUACAUGGGCCACGCGCUCUACCGCCUGCGCGCCCUGGAGAAGGAGAGGCACCGGAGGAGGGUCCAGCUGAAGGCAGAGCUGGGGGAGACGGAGGCGCUGGUGGAGGAGCACAAGCGCAUUGAGAAGGAGUUGAAGAGGCUGGAGGAGCAGAGGAAGGUGAAGAAGGCUCCACUGAGAGGGUCCCUGCUGCGGACGUACGUCAUCCAUAUCCUAACACGCUCCGUGGUGGAGGUGGGCUUCAUCAUGGGCCAGUAUAUCCUGUAUGGCAUUGGAUUGGAACCUCUUUAUAAAUGCGAGAGAAUGCCUUGCCCCAACAGCGUGGACUGUUACGUGUCCAGACCCACGGAGAAAACAGUGUUCAUGGUGUUCAUGAUCGUCAUUGCCGGGGUGUCUCUCUUCCUGAACCUAAUGGAGAUUUCCCACCUGGGCAUCAAAAAAAUCAAACAGACUCUGAAGGGAGACAAGUACCCAGCAGACAACGACAGUUUGAUUUAUAAGCCGAAGAAGAAAGCGAUGAUACAGCAACUGUGUGUGAUGAGGAAACUGUCUUCUCACAACGGGCCGCUGACUCAGACCAUCUUUAAAGUCAUUCCUGAGGAGGAUCUGAACCCAAUGGACCCACCUCCCCACUACAUACCUAACCACGAGGUGCCCAGGCACAACAGCGUGGCUCCAGGCCAGUACCUGGCCAACUGCACUGGCCUCCAGCCCCAUCAGCACUACCAGCAGCAGCAGCAGCAGCUCCAGCAACGUCAGCCCAGCCAAGGAAUGAUCCAGACCCUGCACCUCCAGGGAGCCCCAGAGAACCACACCACCACCAUGGUUGACCAGCACCCUCCAGCUUACGGAGUUUUCUUGAAUGGAGACAGUGGGCCCAGGAACCUGCAGGGUCAGCCGAACCAUAAGGACCCCAAUUUACACCCUCAAGACCACUACCAGCCCAGCCACAUGGAAGUAGUACCUGUGCCUAUUGCAACACACAGACCCAGCAUCAUGACAACACACAGACCAAGCUUGGCUCCAAGGGACAUAGACCUGGAGGAAGAUAGGAGGAAAUCAAUGGGCAGCGACUUCCUCUUGCCUAACCCAGGAAGGAAGCAAAGCUUCAUGACACGUAUGCCCUCUGAGAGCAUGUCCACCAUCAGUGACUGCAGCAGCAACUCUCUACGGACAUCUGACUCUGAACUGGGCGACAUGGGGGACAUGCCCAUGAUGCCACCCCCUGGAAGGAGAAUGUCAAUGGCAAGUAGAGCCAAGAGACAGGCAGCCUCUGACCUAGUGGUUUAGAGAGCCAUAAACACUCUGUAAUGUGAGCUUAUUACAACAGAGCAUGAUAACAACAGAGCAUGAGAGCAUGACUCAAAGCAUAAGACAGGAAGGUAGUGGGACAGAGAGAGAGAGAUGUCUAGAUUUGACUGUUAAAGCUGCAAUAGAUUUGUAAUGUUGUAAAUGUAAUGUUGAAAUCUUCCAGGAAGUAAGUCAUGAUGACAAGUGUCAAUGUGUUAUCUAGCCUCUCUCAAUCCUAAAUGUUCUCUCUCUUUCAGAGUGUAUUCUUGGACAUCUCCUCUAUCAUGAAAAAGUGAAGAGGGAAGAGAGCAAAAAUAGGACCCAGGAGUUUCCUACGAGUGAAGCAACACACAGAAGAUAUCAAUAAUACUGCACUCAUCAUUGAUUGAGCCAAAAACAGCCACCAUCCCAUGCCAGGCCGUGCGUGGGCGUACGUAGUGCCAUGUGUGGGCAUAAGCCAUACGCAGUGCUGUUCCAAAAUGUGUUUUCAAUUCAAAGCACCUAAAAAUGCUCAGUAUCUCCAAAUGAGUUACUUUUUAUGUGGUUGAUCGUGGCAGAAAAGGAAAAGGAUUGUGCACAUCAACAGAAAUGUGUGAAGUGUGAGAACUUCAAAUGAUUGUGAUAAAAGAAUGUUGGUGAGCAUGCAAAAGCAUGAAAAAUGUAACGAUGUCCCUUGAAAAACUUUUAUAUGCUUAUAUAGAGCAUUCACUUUUAUAAAAGUACUAUUUUGCUUGAACUUUUUUUAACCCUAACAAAGACAACGCUGGGCCAAUUGUGCGCUGCCCUAUGGGGCUCCCAAUCACGGCAGGUUGUGAAACAGCCUGGAAUCGAACCAGGGUCUGUAGUGAUGCCUCUAGUACUGAAAUGCAGUGCCUUAGACCGCUGCGCCCCCGUUUUAUUCUCAAAUUGAUUAAAUACAUUAUUUUCCUUAUCAAUCUACACACAAUACCCCAUAAUGACAAAGCGAAAAAAGGUUUUUAGAAAUCUUUGCAAAUGGAUAAAAUAAACAACAACAUAAGUAUUCAGACCUUUUGCUAUGAGACUCGAAAUUGAGCUCAGGUGCAUCCUGUUUCCAUUGAUCAUCCUUGAUAGGGACAUGAAAAUAGCUGUGCAGCGAUGCUCCCCAUCCAACCUGACAGAGCUUGAGAUGAUCUACAGAGAAGAAUUGGAGAAACUCCCCAAAUACAGGUGUGCCAAGCUCAUAGUGUCAUAUCCAAGAACCCUUGAGGCUGUAAUCGCUGCCAAAGGUUCUUCAACAAAGUACCGAGUAAAGGGCCUGAACACUUAUGUAAAUGUGAUAUUUCCUUCUUUUUUUAUAUACAAAUUUGCAAACAUUUCUAAAAAACUGUUUUUGCUUUGUCAUUACGAGUUAUUGUCUGAAAAAAAAGAAGAAUUUUAGAAUAACGCUGUAACGUAACAAAAUGUGGAAAAAGUCAAGAGGUCUGAACACUUUCCGAAUACACUAUAUUAAAAGCAAUUUUCCCACGUUAGUGAAGACUGCAUUCAUGAUAAAUGCUUGAUAUGUCGGCUCAAUCAAAAAUGAAGUGUUAAUGGCGCUAUAAAGCGGAUCUUUCACAGCCCACAUUGAAUCCAGGCCUCAAACAUUCAUCAAGAGACUGUUAUGCUGAGGAAUGUGUCUUUAGUUGUUUGAUAUACAAUCUUAAUUCAUGACAUUAAAUGCUUAUUUACUAAAAC